GUAAACAUACUCGUCAACAACUUCGAGCUUAGUGUUCCCAACAACUACCGGCAUAGGUGUGACAUGGACAUUAAACAUGAUCUUUGUUUUGACCAUGUUCAUCUUAAGACCUAUCCGUUGGGAAACACUAUUGAGGUCAUUGAGCAUAGUGCUUAGGCCCUCCAGGGAUUCUGCCAUAAGGACUAUAUCGUCGGCAAAUCGAAGGUGAGUAAUGUACUCGCCAUUGAUGUUGAUACCGUAUCCUUUCCAGUCCAGAAGCUUGAAAACAUCUUCCAAUGCAGCGGUAAAGAGUUUCGGGGAUAUGACGUCACCCUGUCUUACACCUCUCUGCAAUUGGAUAGGUUUCGUACUCUGGUUCUGUACUCGGAUAGCCAUCGUAGCCCUACUGUACAAGCACUUCAACACUUCGAUAUACCGACAGUCAACUUGGCAUCGCUGAAGGGACUGCAGCACCGCCCAAAUUUCGACGGAAUCAAAGGCUUUCUCAUAGUCCACAUACGCCAGACAUAGUGGCAAAUUGUACUCCUCGGACUUCUGUACAAUUUGCCGAAGGGUAUGUAUGUGGUCUAUGGUGCUAAAGCCUUUUCGGAAACCGGCUUGUUCGGGAGGCUGGAAGUCGUCAAGUCUGCGCGCGAGACGAUUCGUAAUGACUCUCGAAAACAGCACGUAGACGCGGCUCAGAAGGGAAAUCGGUCUGUAGUUCUUCAAGAGAGCGUUGUCGCCUUUCUUGAAGAACAAGACCACCGCACUUCUGCUCCACGCCUCCGGUGUAAUGCCACCAUGAAGGACGGAAUUAAUGAUUUGCUUACCAGGAGGGAAAAUCUUUCGAUUUUUACUUGUGCUGUCGGAUGUAAUAUCAUUAUCUUCCAUUUUUCCUUCGAAAACACGCGCCAACAUUUUUCGGGAGCGCUUCAUUAUGAAAUUAAAAGUCGUAACUAUUACGUAAAUAAAGGGUGAGAAAAUGAAAGAAAUGUCGACAAACGUCUAAACGGUAAUGAGGUCAGUGUGCCUAGUGCGAGUUUUUUUACGCGCUCGAUACCGAGAAAGUUAACUACAAUUUGUAUGGAAUAAAAUCAGCGCCAACUAGUGGCAAUAAUAGGAAUCACAGUUCAUGAGUGCGAGUUUAUUACGUCGUCGAUAUCGACCAUCGAGCAUUCACUCGCAUUCGACAGCGAGAACGUAAACGCACGUGAUUGGUUGUUUCAAGAAUUUUGCGAGUGCGAGUUCCAAUUUUGAUCUAACAUAAAUAAAGUUUACGCGGUCGAUAUCGAAAAAGUUUUCAUCUAAAUUUUGACAGUGAGAAAGCAUAGUGAGAACGAUUGUUGAAGGUUUAAUUUUAUUUCGUUUUGUGUGAACAAUAUUUAAUUAUGGCAGGACGUUUAUUUUUCGCAUGGAGAAUGUUUACAGCCGCUAAGGCACAAGAUGACCGCAAUUAUAACGCCAAUGUUGAAACAAGAGCUCGUGCAUCUUUCAACCCUUUGUUAACCUCACGGGGAGGCAAUUUAAAGAUAGGUAUCGCAUUUCCAAGAAAGUGUUCAAGUUUUUGUGUAAAGAGCUAAGGAGUUUGACAAAUCUUAGCUCCUCUCAACGCGUUUCCUUGGAACAUAAAGUAUGUAUCGAUCAUUAAAGUAUUCACAUUUUUGCAACUCAAGUUUAAAACAAGUGCAAGUUUAAAUAUAAGUUUGUUCUCUUUCUAAUUGCAGGUGCUCACUGCUCUAUUCUUUUUUGCAACUGGAUCUUACCAAAGGCCAGUUGGGAUUGCAAAGCACACAUCUCAAAAAAUGUGCAGUGUGUACAUAGAAGAAGUUACCCAGGCGCUGACACACAAAAACAUAAUAAAUAAAUAUAUUCGGUUCCCUGACACUCCAGCUGCUAGACAAGCAGUUAGUCAACGUUUUUACAGAAAAUAUGGAAUUCCUGGAGUGGUUGGCUGUAUUGAUGGAAGUCAUUUUAAAAUAGUUGUCCCACCAAAAGAAGAGGAACAUUUGUACUAUAGUCGUAAGCACUACCAUUCACUUAAUGUUCAAAUGGUAUGUGAUGAUGAAUAUAGAAUUUUAAAUGUAAAUUCCAAGUUUGGAGGUGCAAAUCAUGAUUCCUUUAUAUGGGAAAACAGUGAUUUGAACACAUACAUGCAAUCUUUGCACCGAAAUGGAGAAAUUGUCUGGCUUUUAGGAGAUUCUGGAUAUCCCCAACGCCCAUGGCUUAUGAUACCAUUUUUAGACGCCGAGUCCAAUAAUUAUAAUGAAAAGCAUAUGAGAGCUCGAGUUGUUAUUGAAAACACAUUUUCAAGGUUGAAAAAUCGAUGGAGAUGUCUGCACUUAUUUGUGGUGCUGGUGACUGCAAAGUUACUUCUUGCACCUGUUGUUCAAUGGGUGUUGGUGAAGCAACAGCUGUGGUUCUGCUGCCACUUGCUACUAAAAUAAUCUAUAUAUCAUAUGAAUAAUCUAUAUGUCAUAGCUCUUCCCGAAAACUGUUAAGUGACUUUAAACUUAUAUGUAAUAGGCCAGCUAGAGACAAAGUGACAUGCUUCUGUUGCAUAGUAAUGUAACUGACCGUAUAUAGAAUUGAACAUUGUGUUCAAGACUCAUCUUCAAACACUUCACACAUUGAUAGACAAAAAUAGGUACCUGCAUAAUAAAUCCGCCCAUGCUGCUAGCUUUUUUGAGUUCGUAUUUGUAUCAGUAUUUUUAUUUUCAAUUACUGAUGUUUUGUACAUUUUUGGGUUUGAGACUAAUAUAUUAAUUUGUGAAGACACCCAUUCCACUAUCAAGAUGACACAUAUGGCCACUGGUUAUUCUAGAGUAAAACACUUAGAAAAAAAGCUUUCAUUUGUAAAAGAAAAGUUGGAUAAAAAUAUUAUAGAAUUGAGAUACAUAAAUACCAGUGACCAACUCGCAAACAUAUUAACCAAAGCUUUGGGGGGAACUUUGUUUAGAAAAUUAAGGGAUAAGUUGUUCAGUAAAUAAGAAUUCUUAUUGUUAAUAAAAUAUUUUAUUGAGGGGAGGUGUUAAGUACAAUUAAAUAUUUUGUACUGGCAACAUGAUGUACCCUGUGGUAAGCUGCGAUGGCUGGAAUCUCUUGUGUUUUAGUGUUCUGCCAUGUACCAAAUUAAAAAAGAAUAAACGAGCAUCUUGAAGAAAUAACUAAAGGUUUAUUUGCAAAGUCCUAACAAAAUAAAUAAAUUUGAAUAAGCUU